GGCUUCCCGCUGCGGAAAUAAAAGAUAUCCGCUGGACUACACACCAAACCGCGCACCGGCAUCAAGACCCGGCCGCCCUUUCGGCGACCAGGUACUCCCCUUCCAGCCAUCCUCCCAAAAGUCCCACCCCGAGCCCCGGCAGCAACCAAAGCAUUACCCUCUCUCGUGGAAAGCCGGGGAAAAAAAAAGUAAAAAAGGGAAAGCCAACCAUCUAUCUAUUUAUCUGCAGAAGAAGAGGACUGGAGCCGAUUUCUUUUUCUGUCUCCAUAAUAUUCAUACUUCAUAGCCAUCCUCAUCCCAGGUGUCCGAGAAUAAAAAUUUGCAAGGAAUCUCCUCACCGAACUAUCUUUUGUGGCUUAAGAUUUAUAAUAUUGGCCACCACCACCAGCAGCUCCAGCUAUCGAUCGUUUUCUUGAUGCUUCCACCGAACCAGCCAUGGCCUCGAUCCGCCGCUCCUCCUCCGCCUACCGCCCGGGCCUCCUCUCCCCGCCGCCGCCGCCGCCGCCAUCCCCUUUCCGCCGCCUUCUGAUGAUGGGCGCCUACCUCCCGCGGCACCCCCGCACGGCAGGCCACCGCUCCUCCUGGCGGCGGCCCCUCCUCCGCUUCCUCCUCUUCUUACUCCUCGGCUUUUUGCUGGGCCUCUCCCCCUUCGCCGACCUCGACGACUCCGGCCUCCGCCCCCAUGACUUCUCCUUCGACAACGACGGCGGGCCCCCCCGCCGGGAUCUCGCCGCCCUCGUCCGCUCGACGCCUUGGGAGAUCGAGAUCGUGCGGCCGGAGGGCCUCGUCACCGUCGAGCUCGAGGCCAAGAACGAGGAGGAAGGCCCUGGCGAGCCCGAUCCGCGGUCCCUCGGAAAGCUCCUCAUCGUUGUCACCCCGACCUACAACCGCGCCCUCCAGGCCUAUUACCUCAACCGGCUGGGCCAGACUCUGAGGCUCGUGCCGCCGCCCCUUCUCUGGAUCGUGGUGGAGAUGAACGCCGCCUCCAUGGAGACGGCCCAGAUCCUCAGGAGGACGGGAGUCAUGUACCGCCAUCUGGUCUGCUUGAAGAACUCCACCGACAUUAAGGACCGAGGCGUCCACCAGCGGAACACGGCGCUCGAGCACAUCGAGCGGCACCGUCUCGAUGGUAUCGUGUACUUUGCCGACGACGACAACAUCUACUCGCUCGAGCUGUUCGACCACAUGAGGGACAUCAGGAGAUUUGGCACUUGGCCUGUUGCAAUGCUUGCUAAAAGCAAAAAUAAGGCAAUACUAGAAGGCCCAGUAUGCAAUGGAAGUCAAGUGAUUGGUUGGCACACAAAUGAGAAAAGCAAGAGACUUCGAAGAUUUCAUGUUGACAUGUCAGGAUUUGCAUUCAACAGCACGAUACUGUGGGACCCGAGAAGGUGGCACCGCCGAACCUCAAAAGCCAUCAGGCAACUAGACACAAUAAAGGAGGGUUUUCAGGAAACAACAUUUAUAGAACAGAUAAUUGAAGAUGAAAGUCAAAUGGAAGGCCUGCCAAAUAAUUGCUCAAGGAUCAUGAAUUGGCAUCUUCACUUGGAAGCUAGAAAUCUGGUUUAUCCUAAAGGGUGGCAAGUCUCAAGAAAUCUUGAUGUUGUCAUUCCUUUGAAAUAUAUAUAGCAGCUUUGGCAAGCAAAUGUCUAUGUAUGCAAUCAUCGCGUGAGUGGGCCUUCUAUGCUGGUUGACUUCUCAAAACAAAACACCUACUUGAAUUCGUGGUCAUUUCUACCACCACCAGACAUGCCUUUAUACAAAUAUUCAUUCAAUAUUCUUUCAGGGAGGGAGCAAUCUGACUGUGAUACUGGUCCAUAUUCUUUGGAAGUAUACACAAUGAUGUACACAUUCGUUACAGAGGAGCUUCUGUAUUAUUAAUUUUUUUUUUUAGAAGCUUUUGUAUCUAAAAAAUCUCCUGAAGUGUUUUCAUGUAAGAAGUUGUUCUCAGCGUCAAUUUUGUGCUCAGCUCUAGAAUCGGCGGCA